GCUUACAUUGUACUUGACAAAUAUCGACUUCGACCUGUUUGCCAUGUUGAGGUAGACACCUUGAGAUGGAUAGUGGUAAAAGAUAGGAAUCUCCUACUUUCAUUACUUACAGCUUUUCAUUCUUUCUUGUCAUUCGUUUGAUAAAUCCGGAGGAAGAUCAUCAAAAUGCUUCCCAGGAAAUUCUACAAAGACAAUCGCAAGAUUCCAUUGGGAUUUAUGCUUUUGACCACCACCCUCUUUUUCUAUUAUCUGAGUCUCCACAAAGAGACUGUGAGCAACUUCGAUAUUCCUACAGAACAACAUGAUUAUAAAGCAGAGGUUCCAUCAGCAACAUCCGAGUCGCUGCAAGCACAAUUGCAGGCGCAACGAAAUAUUCAAAUCGAAGAAUAUUACGCAAAAUCAGAACACCAACCCGAGGCAUCGUCUGAUACCCCAUCUGAUUCCUCUUCUGCUCCCUUGUAUACACCGCCAGCACCUGAUUAUGCCUCCCAGGGAGCACUAAAGACAAGCGAAAUCACUCUUUUAUUGAAGACAGGCGCUUCACUAGUAUGGAAACGGCUACCAAUACAUCUGUUAACGAGCCUUGCGCCGGAACGCAUCGCACCAGAGAACACAAUUAUCUAUUCCGACGUCCCGGACGUGAUCGGCUCACACCAACUGGUUGAUGUUCUUGCAAAUACCAGUUCACGAACUGUACUAGAGUCUCCUGAUUUUCAACCAUAUUUGCUUCAAGAAGAUUUCGAUGAUAAGCAAGGAUGGAUCGAAGGCGAUAUUGCAGGUCCAAUUGGUGGGUGGAAAUUGGACAAAUACAAGUUUUUACCACUUAUCAAUCAUGCCGGACACAGCCAGCCUGAUGCAAAAUGGUACAUAUAUAUGGAAGAUGACGCUUUCAUCUUCCUUCCAAACUUGUUGCAGCAUCUUGCAACUUUUGACUGGCAGGAUACUUGGUAUGUCGGUAGUUUAGCGAUUAAGCACGGCGAAAUAUUCGCUCAUGGCGGUGCUGGAUUUGCUUUGUCGCGAGGUGCUUGGGAAAAGUCAUUUGGCGCCGAUAAGAAUAUAAUCGAGAAAUACGAGAAUUUCACCGAAGCGCAUGGGUGUGGUGACCACGUUCUUGGCCACGUCUUGAAGGACUAUGGAGUGACUUUUGGCGAGACUCAUGAAGCAGAACAGUUUACCUUUGGUUUCAGUCCAGAAUCUUACUGGAGCACGUGGUUUGGAGAAGCAAACUGGUGCAAGCCUAUAUUUAGCAUGCAUCAUAUGCACGCAAAAGAUAUCUCGAGGUCCUAUAACAUGGAGAAAGCUUGGGACCUUGCUCAGAAUGGUCUCAUGCGGCAUCGUGAUAUAUAUCGCACAUUCAUUGCCCCAGUCAUUGGAAGACGCAUAGAAUGGUGGGAUAACAGGUCAUCUAGCCAUGCCAUCACUUCAUCUGAAGCAAAAGCCGGUGAGAACAUGUACGUGCCCGCUUCAGUCAAAUCCAGGGACUCCUGGUUGAAGAGUUGGGAGUCAGUGGAUAAUUGCGAGGACGCUUGUUUGGCUUGGCCCGAGUGUGUUCAGUGGAGUUUUUAUGAGGAUCUUUGUAAAAUGAGUGACCGUGUUGUCCUUGGGACUGGUUAUACUGCGAAAGACCCAAGGAGGCUCACUGCGUUAAAGACGACCAGUGGAUGGGUACCAAAGCGGAUAGAGCGAUGGACCUGUGAUAACUAGAAGUCUAAUCUAGCAUCUAUAGAUCUUCGUAAUAAUAUUCUAUGGACAAUUAGCUAGUAGCAAGCCCUAGUUCCUUAAGGCUUGUUCUAA